AUGUCGUCUAAUGGCGCCGAAACGGAUGUCAUAGCCGCGCAAACGUCGAAGCGUAGCAACAGCUUCUCCAAUCAGUCGGAUACUUCGCAGACUGCUGCUGAGUUUAUUCGCAACCAAGAACUCCUCGAGGCCGAUGCGCGCGAAGCACUGCCAUUCAGCAUCGACAACUGCACCAGAAUCCUCGGCCCUCUAAAGCAGAGCAUCUUUGCGUGUCUAACGUGCAAUCCCGCGCCUGCGACCGAGGCUGAUUCGUGGACCCCUGCUGGCGUGUGCUACUCCUGCUCGGUCCAGUGCCACGGCGAGCACACCCUUGUCGAGAUCUUCCAGAAGCGCAACUUCACCUGCGACUGCGGUACUACGCGACUGCCAAGCACUAGCCCAUGCGAAUUGCAGACGAACGACGAGACAAACACGCGCGGCAACGUCCACUCACAGGAGCCCGACGUCAAUAACAAGUACAAUAAGAACUUUCGCAAUCGCUUCUGCGCCUGCGCCUGCGACUAUGACCCCUUUGAGCAGAAGGGCACCAUGUUCCAGUGCCUCGGGCUCGGCACUGAGGAGAGCGGCGGCUGCGGCGAGGACUGGUACCAUCCCGGUUGCUUGGUUGGCAUGGGUCCCAAGUGGUACGAGACCAUGACACCGAAGGGGAAGAAGAGCCAUGAGACGCGAGAGGACGGCAGUGGCCUGGCAGUCAUUUCGGAAGUCAAUGAGGAUGAGAGGCAGCCGGAGAAUGAGGGCAAGGAAAUGAUCGAGAGAAACACAGUGGAAGAGGAUGAGAACGCGGUGGAAGAUGAUGAAGAUCCACCAAUGCCUCCUGGCUUCCCCGAGGAGGAGGAUUUCGAUGGUUUCUUGUGCUACAAGUGCGUCGAGUCAAAUCCCUGGAUCAAGAAGUAUGCAGGCACCUCUGGGUUUCUUCCCGCCCUUCACCUCGACCCCGCAGCGGCAGAAGCACCCCAAGCGUGCACCGGCAACAAACGCAAGGCUGGGGACGACGAGGAACACGACGAUGCUAAACGCGUCAAGACUGAGGCCGAAUCAGCAUCCGCACCAGCACCCGCGCCCAUCACUAGCAGCGAGCUAACGACGGCCACCUCUCCCAGUGGGUGCAAGCUUCCAAACUUUGCUGCCGCGCCCACCGGCCGCUUUUCCCUCUUCUUCAAGGAAGACUUCCGCAAGCAGUUCUGCCGCUGCACGGACUGCUUCGGCAAGCUGCACGCGUUCCCGCAGCUCCUCGAGGAGGAGGAAGUAUAUGAGCCGCCCAUGUCCGACGGCGGCGGGGACGCCGCCUCGCGCAACGGCGGAGGCUCCACGGCGGGCAGCGGCAGCCUGCUGGAGCGCGGCGAGAGCGCGCUGCGCAACGUGGACCGCGUGCGCGCCAUUGAAGGAGUUAUGGCAUACAACCACCUCAAGGAGCGCCUCAAGCCCUUCUUCCAGCAGUUCGCCGAGAGCGGCCAGGCCGUGGGCGCGGAGGACAUCAAGGCGUACUUUGCCAAGCUGCGCGGCGACGAGCAGGCCAUCCGGGACGCGAGCGAGGGCGCCGCCGCGGCGUCGGGGUCCGGGUCCGGGUCCGGGCAGGACGGAGGUGGCGGUGAUGCACGCCGCGAGCAGGGAGGGUAUUGA